AUGGUGGCGUUUUGCUCACAGAACAGUCUCUUCCCUCUCAUCUUCCUUAUUCGCCCUUAUUCAACAAAGCUCGCCGCCAUACCCCCACCGUCAAACAACAACCAGCAAUUCCCAAAUCGUGAAGCGUUAAACACCAAACUCAAUCAGAAUCGUGCCCUGAUUCCUAAUCCUAAGCUUUUUUCCUCAAAUUUCACUCAUGAUGCAAAAGAAGGUUAUGAUGACGGAGAUCACAAAGACUGUGAUGAUGGAGAUCACAAAGACGUUGCUGUUGAUUAUGGUUACGUUGCAUUAGCUUGCGCUUUUCUUCGUAAACUAUCCUAG